AUGGCUACUGAUGCGGAGCGGGUUAAGCCCACCAAGCCCGAUGAGGCCGCCUACAAGAUCGCUCUCGCUGAGGCCGAGAAGUUGCACACUGCUGCUCAGGAGAAAUUGAACCAAAUCAAAGCCAAGUUGGACAACGCCCAGCCUAACAACAAGGACUCUCCCGCCAGCAAGAAGCAGCAGGAACUGCGCGCCGAACUCUCUUCCAUCCGCUCCAAGCAAUCCGGUUUCAAGUCCGGCCGCGCCUCCAUCCAGGAGAAGAUCAACGCCCUGGACGCCAAUCUCAAGGCCCGCAUUGCCGAGCAGAACGCCAACCGUGGCCGUCUGUCAUUCAAGAGCGUCGAGGAGAUCGAUAAGGAAAUUGCCCGCCUCGAGAAGUCCGUCGACUCUGGCACUCUCCGCUUAGUGGAUGAGCGCAAGGCCCUCACCGAGGUCUCCAACUUGCGCAAGCAGCGCAAGAGCUUCGCCGGUCUUGACGAUGCUCAGAAGGGUAUUGACGACACCAAGGCACAGAUUUCUGAGCUGCGCAAGACCCUCGACAACCCCGAGGCCAAGGCCCUCAGCGACAAGUACAACGAGAUCCAGAAGGAGCUCGACGUCAUCAAGGCCGAGCAGGACGCCGUCUUCAAGAACCUGAACGCUCUGCGCGACGAGCGCACCAAGCUGCGCAACGACCAGCAGUUGAAAUUCACCGCCAUCCGCACUAUCAAGGAUGAAUACUAUAAGGCCCGUCGUGCCUACAAGGAAUACGAGGAUGAGGCCUGGCGCGUGCGCCGCGAGCGCCAGAAGGCUGAGCGUGACGCAUUUGAGCGUGAGAAGCGCAAGAAGGUCGCCGACAAGAAGCUGGAGGAGGCUUCCCAGCUUGCCUACACUGAUGAGAUCUUGACUGCCCAGGGCCUGAUCCGUCACUUUGACCCCGCUUAUGACUUUUCCACUCUUGGUCUUGAUGAGAAGAAGGAUGAGGGUAGCAGCUUCCGUGCUGGAGUUGGCCGCACCGUUGAGGCCGCUGAGAUUAAGGGCAUGAAGGUCGUCCGCAAGGACGACGAGGAGGACUACUUCGUUGGCUCUGCUGGCAAGAAGGGCAAGAAGGGCGGCAAGAAGGCCCCCGCUGCUGCCGAGAGCAAGUUCAACAUGAACGUUGGCAUCAUUGAGGAUUUCGCCAAGGUCAAGAUCGACCCUCCCAUGACCCAGUCGGAUGUCCCUGCUGCGGUGGAGAAGCUGGCCGCCAAGAUCACCGAGUGGAAGAAGAACCAGGCCAGCAAGACCGAGGAGAACAUCAACAAGGCCAAGGAGGAGAUUAACCGCCUGGAAGAGGAAGAGGCCAACAUCUCCCAAUCCAACGGCCGAGCCACUGACGCUGCCAAGAAGCCCGCCCAAAAGAACAGCGCCCCCUCAGCGGAGGCUGAGUUGGCUCAGGAGCAAGAUGCCGUGGCUGACGUCUCCGAUGAACUCAAGAAUGCCGCCAUCGAGGAGAAGGCAUAG